AUGUACCUGUAUUUGUCGUUGAUUUUUACUAUUUUUGGUGUAGUAGUAUCACUUUCUACAACCAAAACUAAAGAAGAUGUCAGAAUUGUUGGUGGUGAGGACAUAGAUAUUACAGAGGCUCCAUAUCAAGUUUCAUUAUUUAAGAGAGGUAGACACUCAUGUGGAGGAUCUAUUAUUGCGAAUGAUAUAAUUAUAACCGCAGCACAUUGUGUCGUUGAUACCAUUCCACGAGACUAUUUAGUUCGCGUUGGUUCCUCUUCCACUCAAAGAGGCGGUGAACUUUAUCCAGUUGGUGAUUUGAUAUGGCAUUCUAAUUUUACAUAUUUGAAAAUGGAUAGCGACGUAGCAUUACUUUGGCUAACAAAGCCUAUUCAGUUUAGGGAAGGUGUUGCGCCUAUUGAAAUGCUGAAACAAGGACAGGAAAUUCAAGACGGCGAUAUUGCAAAGGUUACUGGGUGGGGAAACCUUAGAGAAGGAGGUGGUUAUCCGUCUACAUUACAAAUGGUACUGGUGCCAACAGUAAGUUCGCGAGAUUGCAGUGCCGCUUAUUCCGCGAUGUAUAGCAUUACUUCGACAAUGUUAUGUGCAGGAGUUCCAGAAGGUGGUAAAGAUGCUUGUCAGGGUGAUAGUGGGGGUCCAAUGGCGUACGACGGCAAGUUGGCUGGAGUUGUGUCUUGGGGUCUUGGUUGCGCUCGGCCCAAUUAUCCCGGAGUUUACGCUAAAAUUUCUGCACUAAGGAACUGGAUCGAUGAGAGUACCACAUUAUUGCGACGAAGACAUCCACAGACACUAUUUCAGUUUAAGAUCUUAGAUAAGUUAUUUAAAUUAUAA